AUGCUACUCUGCAUCUCUGCUCAAAUCUGGGGUGCUCAUCAACAUCAACAGGCUUCUCAGCAGAUCCCCUCUUUGAUGGAGCUGGAUGAGGUUGACCUGGAGGAAAAUGAGGCGCAGGUCAACGUUAACCCACUUCCUGUCUUCGAAAGCCAAGUCAACAAACAGAUCACUGACCUUCUCGAAUCCCGCCGUACCUUCUCCGCUGUGCAAUCUGGUUUCCGAGCCGGUCACGGGUGCACCUCAGCCAUGCUCAAGUUGUGGGGUUUGUGUAAACCAGUUGUUUUGCCAUGGCAGGAGGAUGACGUGGAGACUCCGUUUGGACAGGUCCACUGCACCAUGAAGGGGGUUCCCAAGGGCAGUCGCCCCGUCAUCAUGACCUUCCACGAUAUUGGACUGAACUACAAGUCGUGCUUCAACCCCCUGUUCAGCCACGAGGACAUGCAGGAGAUCAUGAGGCACUUUGCAGUGUGCCACGUUGAUGCCCCUGGGCAGCAUGAGGGUGCCUCCACUCUCUCCACAGAGUACACCUACCCCUCUAUGGACCAGCUCUCUGAGACUCUCCCUCAGGUCCUCAAGCACUUUCGGUUUAAGAGUGUCAUUGGACUGGGCAGCGGUGCUGGUGCCUACAUCCUCGCUAAAUUUGCUCUGAACCAUCCAGAUAAGGUUGAGGGACUUGUCCUCAUCAACAUCAAUGCACGUGCAGAGAGCGUGAUUGAUUCACUUACACACAAGAUGACUGGCUGGAUCCAGGCACUUCCUGAUCAUGUUCUAAACCACAUGUUUGGAAAGGAGGAGAUCCAGAACAACCCUGAUCUGAUCGCCACAUACCGCAACCACAUCACCAAUGAUGUCAACCAGUCCAACCUGGCCCAGUUCUUCAAGUCCUACCAGAGCCGCAGGGGCCUGGAGAUCGAGAGGCCUGUCCCAGGGAGAAACAUUAACGCCAGAACUCUGCAGUGUCCUGCUCUGUUGGUGGUGGGAGACAGCUCCCCUGCAGUCGAGGCUGUGGUCGAGAGCAACGCAAAGCUCAACCCAACACAGACCACACUGCUCAAGAUGGCUGACUGUGGAGGACUUCCCCAGGUGAGCCAGCCUGGCAAACUGACAGAGGCCUUCAAGUACUUCAUCCAGGGCAUGGGUUACAUGUCCUCAGCCAGCAUGACCAGACUGGUGAGGUCCCGCACCGCCUCAGGCUCCAGCAUCGCCUCCUGCGACAGCAGCAGGAGCCGCUCUCACGCCAACGACCACCAGCCCGUCCGGGAGCACACAGACGUGUCCAUGGAGAAUGUGUCCAACAGCACCGUAGAUCAGACCGUUGUCAUGUCCAGCAGCAAGACUGAGGACGUCUGCUAGUGCCCUGGUCACUGAAAGGUCAUAGGUUGUCUCCUAAAUGGCUCCCCAUUUCCUUUGUAGUGCACUACUUUUGACUAUGUGGGAAAUAGGGAACAUUUGGGACACAACCCCAGUGUCCCUAAACCCUGACCUCAUAACCCCUGUCCUGUCUACCCUACUGCCUGUGUUGCUGCUGACAACAAACCUCAUAACCCCUGUCCUGUCUACCCUAAUGCCUGUGUUGCUGCUGACAACAAACCUCAUAACCCCUGUCCUGUCUACCCUACUGCCUGUGUUGCUGCUGACAACAAACCCCAUAACCCCUGUCCUGUCCUGUCCUGUCCCUACUGCCUGUGUUGCUGCUGACAACAAACCUCAUAACCCCUGUCCUGUCUACCCUACUGCCUGUGUUGCUGCUGACAACAAACCUCAUAACCCCUGUCCUGUCCUGUCCCUACUGCCUGUGUUGCUGCUGACAACAAACCUCAUAACCCCUGUCCUGUCCUGUCUACCCUACUGCCUGUGUUGCUGAUGACAACAAACCUCAUAACCCCUGUCCUGUCCUGUCUACCCUACUGCCUGUGUUGCUGCUGACAACAAACCUCAUAACCCCUGUCCUGUUCUGUCUACCCUACUGCCUGUGUUGCUGAUGACAACAAACCUCAUAACCCCUGUCCUGUCCUGUCUACCCUACUGCCUGUGUUGCUGAUGACAACAAACCUCAUAACCCCUGUCCUGUCCCUACUGCCUGUGUUGCUGCUGACAACAAACCUCAUAACCCCUGUCCUGUCCUGUCUACCCUACUGCCUGUGUUGCUGCUGACAACAAACCUCAUAACCCCUGUCCUGUCCCUACUGCCUGUGUUGCUGAUGACAACAAACCUCAUAACCCCUGUCCUGUCUACCCUACUGCCUGUGUUGGUGCUGACAACAAACCUCAUAACCCCUGUCCUGUCCUGUCUACCCUACUGCCUGUGUUGCUGGUGACAACAAACCUCAUAACCCCUGUCCUGUCCUGUCUACCCUACUGCCUGUGUUGCUGCUGACAACAAACCUCAUAACCCCUGUCCUGUCCUGUCUACCCUACUGCCUGUGUUGCUGCUGACAACAAACCUCAUAACCCCUGUCCUGUCUACCCUACUGCCUGUGUUGCUGCUGACAAUAAACCUCAUAACCCCUGUCCUGUCCUGUCUACCCUACUGCCUGUGUUGCUGCUGACAACAAACCUCAUAACCCCUGUCCUGUCUACCCUACUGCCUGUGUUGCUGCUGACAACAAACCUCAUAACCCCUGUCCUGUCUACCCUACUGCCUGUGUUGCUGCUGACAACAAACCUCAUAACCCCUGUUCUGUCUACCCUACUGCCUGUGUUGCUGCUGACAAUAAACCUCAUAACCCCUGUUCUGUCCUGUCCCUACUGCCUGUGUUGCUGCUGACAACAAACCUCAUAACCCCUUUCCUGUCCCUACUGCCUGUGUUGCUGCUGACAACAAACCUCAUAACCCCUGUUCUGUCUACCCUACUGCCUGUGUUGCUGCUGACAACAAACCUCAUAACCCCUGUCCUGUCCUGUCUACCCUACUGCCUGUGUUGCUGCUGACAACAAACCUCAUAACCCAUGUCUUGUCUACCCUACUGCCUGUGUUGCUGCUGACAAUAAACCACAACAUACGGCUAUGAUAGACUGUCCUCUACCUAUGCUGUUCUCACUGCAUUGUGGGUAAUAAGAGUUUAUACCCAACAGUUGUCAUACUGUACGUCAUUUGGGUGAUAUGUAAUCUGUAUGGAUGUUCCUCUGUGGAAAUAGUAUCUCUGAUAUGUUAGAAUGUAACAAUACCGGGGGAUUUCCCACCAUUAACAUGUAAUGGACAGUUGUGGUGUUAAAGCCAUCUGUGACUAUUGUCUGGCUUUUUAUAUGUGAUGGAUCAAAUUGAAGACUCCUUUAUAGCAUGAGACGUCUGUAAUACAUAAAGACUGUAGCUAUCAGUGAUCCUAAGAUGACGCUUAAAUAAGCCCUGAGAUAAGAAUAUUUAUUCAUGUUUGGUCAAAUCUUUCAAAUGAUGGAAAACUGAUUAUAUUACGAUUUAAAUGAUAUAGAAAUGCAAUGUAUGUAUAGUACCACUUUGUAUUAAAGAAAUAGCAAAAAAAAAUGCAGAAAUUAUUUUUACAAAAUUUAUUUGAAAAGAUUUGUCACGACUCAAAUCUUAAUACUUUGUAUUUAUUUGAACCAAUCAAAUGUGACUUCCUGGAUGAGUUUGUUUGUUGUUUAUGAUGACAUUUGAUAUGGUACAUGGUUUACUAGAGUAUUGACCAAUGAAAUAAAUGACAACACUUAUUGAGCUGAUCUCAAUCAAAUUUCAAUCAAUAAAAAGUUGAUCCACUUUUAACCUCGUAGAGCUCAAAUAACAACUGACUUGACACUGCAGA